AUGGUAUCACUGGAGAUGGGUUCUCAGCCAUUUGACGAGUCUAUCAGAGGUGCCUUACCUCCUGACUUUAUUUGGGGGUUUGCCACUGCAGCAGCCCAAGUUGAAGGCGCGUGGAACAAGGAUGGUAAAGGCGUUUCAAUAUGGGAUACCUUUGCUCAUACUCCAGGCAAGGUCAAAGAUGGCAGUACGGGCGACGAUGCUGUCAAGUCUUAUGAUCUUUACAAGACUGACGUUGAGUGGCUUCGCAAGUACAAGGUCACAGGUUACCGGUUCUCACUCUCAUGGUCACGAAUCAUCCCCAUGGGCGGCAAGGAUGACCCUGUCAACGAGGAGGGUAUAUCAUACUACAAUCGACUGAUUGACGAGCUCCUUGCAAACGACAUCACUCCAUUCGUCACGCUCUUCCACUGGGACAUCCCUCAGGCUUUGGAAGAUCGCUACGGAGGAAUGCUAAACAAGGAUGCGUACACUCCUGACUUUGUUCGUUAUGCCCGGGUAUGUUUUGAGCACUUCGGUGACCGUGUCAAGAACUGGAUCACAUACAAUGAGCCUGGCGUCUAUUCACUCGCUGGUUAUGCUGCCGGAGUACACGCUCCAGGACGGUCCAGUUUUCGUGAUCGCAAUGAAGAAGGGGACAGCAGCACAGAACCCUUCAUCGUCAGUCACACGGAGCUUGUGUCGCAUGCCUACGUUGCCGACAUGUAUAAGCGCGAGUUCAAGCCCAAGCAAAAUGGCAGUAUCAUGAUUACCCUUCAUGGUAAUUGGUCUGAGCCCUGGGAUAUCGAUGAUCCGUUAGACCAAGAAGCAGCAGAACGAGCCAGAGAAUUCGAGAUCGCCUGGUUUGGUGACCCUUUGUACAAGACCGGUGAUUAUCCGGAGUCAAUGCGUGCACAGCUGGGUGACCGUCUCCCGAGAUUCACACCGGAAGAAAGCAAGCUUGUACUGGGGAGUUCAGAGUUUUAUGGCAUGAACUCGUACUCGGCCUUCUACGUCCGUCAUCGCGACGGAACUGCUGAUAUCAAUGACCACUUGGGCAACGUUGAAAAGCUUGAUGAAAAUAAGAAAGGGGAAUGGCGAGGACCCAUGAGCGACACAUACUGGCUCCGAACUACUCCAUGGGGCUGGGCUAAGUUACUCCGCUGGAUCUGGAACCGCUAUGGCAUACCCAUCUACAUUACUGAGAAUGGUACCACGGCGCAGGGUGAGCACGACUGGAAGCCAAACGGCCCCGAUGAUGUCUUGGAAGACCCCUUCAGGGUUGACUUCUACAAGAGCUACCUCACAGAAGUCGCCAAGGCAUCACAGGGAGGCAUUGUGAUCAAGUCAUACUUUGGGUGGACUUUUACCGAUAACUGGGAAUGGGCUGCUGGUUUCUCAGAUCGCUUUGGGGCAACGUGGAUUGAUUUUGAGUCUGAAGAUAAGACUAGGUAUGCUAAGAGGUCUGGGUACUUUCUCGGGGCGUUUUUCGACCAUCUCAUUAGCAAGAAUUGA